GUGGCACAUUCGUUGAAACGCCGUCACCAACGUCGAGAUGAACGCCGCCGAGAUGGAGCACGUUCCGCUGCUGGGCAAGCCGUCACCACCACGGCAAUGGACACUCAGUCAUGGGCAGCAGCACCGCUUGCAUCGGUCUGUCGUCCAUGCAGCGCUAGCAGUGGGAUUGAUCUGUCUUGUCAACCUUGGGUUCUUCUCGUCGAGUUUGUCGUUCGAUACGCCGUCGAUCUCUGCAGCAUCCUCUCCUUCAACGUCGCCAUCACGUCGCCCAUCGUCGUUCCAUGCGUCUGUCACAACUAUUCGAGUGGUUGUGGAUCGAUCUGUGGACGGUCAACUUGUUGCAUCGACCAUGUUCGACGUCACCCCCACCGCCACUACUCGCCACAGCCACGCUGUUGCCACCUUUAACGACAGCGUGUCUCAAAUCGGAUGGUCGCAGCUGUGGGUUCGCGCCGCUCCCUCGCGUGCGUCGAAUGGCACCGACGACUUCGUUCGAGCCAUGUUUGCCGCGGGGUAUGCCGAAGGCGCGCUCACCCAUCGCCGCAUCCACGAACACUACUGGAACACCCGCAGCUACUUUUUCGGCAAAGUGCCGACGGCCAUACAACUCGCGUCUGCCGCGCGAGUGUACUCGUUUCUCGAACAGAACAUCCAGUGGAUGCGGUCGCAGGUGGCAUCCUCGUUCCCACGACGCAAUGACACGAUGUACUGGUCCAUGGUCGGUGGCGUGCUAGCUCAACUGGACGGCCUCGUUCAAGGCUACAACGCGCACCGAAGCGUUGACGACUCGUCCUUGUCCGAGCUCGAUUUCCUCUUUCUCAAUGCAGACGGAGACAUGCAGAAUCUCAUCGCCCGCACCAUGCCAGCCGCCACGGACGCCGCCACCGUCGUCUCGUUGACCAAACCAUCCACGGCAAACUUCAAGUGUUCGGCGCUCGUUCGUGUGCUGCCCCACGAUUUGCUGUGGGGCCAUGCCACGUGGGACACGUACACGGCCCUCAAUAAAGUCUUCAAGCACUACGACCUGCCCCUGCCUCCGCGCCAUCCCAACGACUCGGCAACACUUCGUGAUUCGGUCGCGUUUUCGGACGACUCGCCAUCGCACCACGGCCAGAACCACAAGCACGACGAGGCGCGCCGGGAGCCGGGCGCCCGCCGCCGCAUCUCCAUGUCGUCGAGUCCUGGGUAUCUCUCGUCCGUCGACGACUGGUACCUCCUCGACAGCGGUCUCGGGGUCAUGGAAACCACCAAUGGCAACUACAACGCUUCUCUGGCAGCCACAAUCACACCCCAGUCAUGCUUGAGCUGGCUGCGAACCAAAGUCGCCAACGCCUUGGCUGUCGACGGACCGACAUGGACGACGCACUUCAGCGCGUUCAACAGCGGCACGUACAACAACCAGUGGAUGGUCCUCGACACGUCCCGCUUUGCGAACGGCACGUUGCUCGCGCAUGGAUUGACGUUGCUCGAGCAACUCCCAGGCGACAUUGUCGUCGGCGACGUCUCGGCCGUCGUGAAUGCCCAGGGGUAUUGGGCAUCGUACAACAUUCCGUACUUCGAGCACAUUUACAACAAGUCGGGCAUCGCGGCCAUGGCGUCCACGGAUAGUAGCUGGUCCCAUCAAGACUGUGCCCGGGCCAAGAUCUUUCGCCGGGACGCCCCCCACGUCCAGUCCAUUGCACAUUUGAAGCGCCUCAUGCGGUACUGUCUCGCCCGUUGCUCCCAUCCGCCGUGACUCGGACCCGUCGUGGUAGAGCCAACAACUACCACCAUGACCCGCUGAGCUUGGGCGACCCAGGACGGGCCAUCGCCGCCCGGUACGAUCUCGCCACGAACCCAUCCGAGUUUGCCUUGAGCGGCGCCAUCGACGCCAAAGUGACGUCCGUUCGCAGUGCUCGCCGCCUCGAGUGCGACGCGGUGCUGGGACCGUCCAACGACGACCAGCCCACGUUUGUGUGGACAGACAAGUGGACGGAAUUAGCCAUGCACAAGGGCCAGCCCACAGCGUUCAAUUUUUCGUUCACUCGGAUGCGGCACUUCGACCACUUGCCGGCCAUCGAUAGCCAUGAUGCCAGUCUCCAGGAUGGACCUGCGUCGUGAUCAUUAUGUAUGGGAUGGUCGUCCUCAC